UUCCGGUUUGAUUGGAAAAAUUGCGAUGAUGAAGAAUAACAUGUAAUUGCAUCAAAUUGACAAUAUCACUCUCUACAUUGUGCUUUUUUUUCAUUCAACAGUUACCUAGACAUUAUUUCAAAUGAGUAGUGACACUGAAAAACCCUCAACGUCGGCAGAAGCUAGUGGAAGCGGAUCGAAUUCGGCAGGACCCGGUGAGGAUGACGAUAAAACUGCUGCUUACGAAUGCAACAUUUGUUUAGAUACUGCUCAUGAUGCAGUUGUUUCAAUGUGUGGGCAUUUAUUUUGUUGGCCGUGUUUACAUCAAUGGCUAGAAACAAGACCUCACCGACAGUUAUGUCCUGUUUGUAAAGCUGGUAUUGGUAAAGACAAAGUUAUACCUAUUUAUGGUAGGGGUAACCCUAACCCACAAGAUCCCAGAGAAAAAUUACCACCAAGACCUCAAGGUCAACGCCCUGAACCAGAGACUACAGGGGGUUUUCCAGGCUUUGGUUUUGGCGAUGCAGGGUUUCAGUUUUCUUUUGGUAUUGGUGCCUUUCCAUUUGGUAUUUUUACUUCAUCUUUUAAUAUGUCUGAUAAUCGACCAGGACCUCCCCCACCUGGUUCAGCUCAACAUACUGAAGAACAGUUUUUAUCCAGGAUCUUUCUCUGGGUGGCCAUAAUCUUUAUUUUCUGGUUAAUUGUUGCUUAAAUACUAUCUUUAGUUUCCUGAAUGAUUGACUGAAUAGGUGAAAGAUUAUUUUAUUACAGUGAAAACUAAUUUUAAAUCAAACGCAAUUUUAAAGACUAGAAAUACAAUGGAAACUAAUAUAUACCAUUGACAUUGAUAUAGUAAUACAUAAGCUUAUACGGACAGUUUUAUG